CAAUCAUUCUCUGUAGUUUCUCUGUUUUAUUUGGAAAUGGAGUCUUCAUGGGAGAAACUGAAGGGAAUUGCACUAUCUCAACACCAAAACCACAAGAAAGAUGAUAAGAGACUUUGUUUAUUUCGUCCUUGUCCCAAGAUAUUAGAUGAUUUUACUCAAGCUUCCAAGGACAUGCACGACAUGAGAAAAUGCAACGACAAUGUACUUUAUGCUGCUGUUGCGGCAGCAAACAGUGCAUCUGAAUUCUCAAAGUCUUUGCGGGAAAUGGGUACUUGUCUACUUGAGCAAAGUGCGGUGAGCGACGAUGAACAAAGUGGUAACGUUCUCCGGUUGCUGAGUAAAGUGCAAUUUGAGCUUCAAGAACUCGUUGAUAGCUAUCAGUCUCAUAUUUUCCAGAUAGUAACACCGUCUGAGUCUAUUCUCAAUCAACUACAAACAGUGGAGGAGUUGAAACAACAGUGUGAUAGAAAAAGAAAUGUGUAUCAAGGCCUAUUAGCUACCCAGAAGGAAAAGGAAAUGUCAAGAUCUUUCAAGGGUGAAACCUUUUUAUCUCACCAGUUGCAAGCAGCCUCUAACGAAUACGAACGGGAGGCCAUUUGUUUUAUUUCCUGUUUGAAAUCUUUGAAAGAAGCGCAAACCCAGAGUUUUCUAACACAGGCAAUUCAGCAUCAUGAUGCGCAGAUUAGUCUCUUUAGCAAGGGACUAAAGGCCCUCCAGGCAGUUGACUGGGAAGCGAGACCAGUGGCUAAGCACCGACACAAAGGUCACAACUCUAGUGUCCCUCAGGAUCGCCAGAACGAAAGAUGUGCAAGCUUGUGUGGAACUUGCAAUAAUUUACGGUGUACACUGCCAGUGGAACUCAAAAACCCCGAGAUGAGUUUAAGAGCUGAAAAAUGGAAAGAAUGCAAUGUCGAAAGCGCUUCCAAGAAAUUUCAAAAAAUAGGCGAGGCUCAUGUCCUCCCUAUCCCCCCAACUGAUAGAAAUGCGUGGUUUGCUCGUGCUGUUAUGGCGAGGAGAAGUGAAGACCUCUAUAGCACAAUUGAAAACCGUUUGACACCAUCAAAUGCGACAUCAAAUCCAUUACCAAUCUCCCAUGAGACUAAUGGGCGCCCUCGGGUUCAUUAA